AUGUAUGUCGGUUAUGAAAUUCUCUCACUGAAAAAUGGUUCUUGGAAGAUAAUCGAUGAAAUCUCAGCAGAUAGGGCAGAUAGUUGUAUGUUGUCUGGUUGGGAAUGUUUGGCAUUUGUACAUGGAGCAUUUCAUUGGAUUGGUUACUUAUCAAGAAAGUAUUGUCUAGUUUCAUUUAAUAUUUCAGAUGAGAUGUUCGGAGAGAUACAACAGCCAGAUGUAGUGCGCUUGCAAAUUCAUAUCAAAAGCAUAGUUGAUGUUGAUGUGGGUAUAUCAGUGUUGGGAGGAAUGCUUGGGGUUUCUUAUAAGAAUGAGAAAGCUUUUGGUUUAUGGUUAACGAAAAAUUAUGGUGUUAAAGAUUUUUGGAUGAAAUUGUCCACUAUACCAAGUACCGAAAUUUAUAGCAUCAUACCAAAAUAUAUGUUUUCAAAUUACAAAGUGUUACUCUGCUUUCGCUUUGAUGAGGCAAGAAAACGAUUUGUUUAUAGGGCAAUAUCUGGUGGAUCAUCUAAAUUAAAUGAUCGCAUUUGGAAGAUUAUGUUGAUAUUGGUGCAGCUACCAUUGAUGUUGGUGAUUUUGUUUAUACAGAAAGUCUGA